GUUCCCGCCAGCAUAAUAUGUCAAAGUUAAAAUAUCAACAAAUAAAAUGAAAUUUUUUAAUCAUGAAUUCAGCAAUGUAAUUUAUUGGUAUUUUAUUCCUACAACAGUCAAAUAUUCAAGAUAAUAAGUUUACGAUGAAUUAAUUUUCUGAAUAUCCAAGAUGGCAUUCAGUAUGAUCAACUUUCUAAAGGAAGAUGUCAGAUUGAUGAAAUAUGAAAAUCAAAUUUAUAAAAUAAAAAUUUCAUUUGAAGAGGAACAGAAACUUGCUGAUUUUGUGCCAAAAUUUUCCCAAAAGGAAGCCCACCAAGAAUUGGAACAAGUCAUCAGAGCUGUUCUGUGUGCAGUUGAUAAAAAACAGAAUUUGAACAAAAUUCAAAGUGAUAAAUUUGUUGUUAAUGUGAAGACCAAGCCAUGGGGCACGUCUCAAAAAUUAGGAUUUAGACAAAAUGGCAUGCAAGUGCCCUCAUAUCCAUUUAUGAUUAUUUUAAAUGUGACAGUGAAAGACUUAGAUGAAGAUGAUGUUUCAAUUGAUGAGGAAAUCUGUGUUCAAAAUGAAACCCUGUCAAAAUCAAAUUCAAAUAAAAAUCUGAAAAAUACCAGUACUGCUAUAAAUUCUAAUGUGCGUGUUUCUGAAAAAAGAUUACCUGGCACUGAAUCUAACACCAAGACAGCUAAUAAAGCCAACCAUCAUCAACACCAGAAAGAAAAAGUUUUGUCCACCAACGUAGAGACUAAUACCAAUACUGAUGAUGUCCUUUCAACUCAGGAUAUUUGUGAUCUUUUAGACCAAGCUCGACAACUAAAUGAGGUGGAAAACUUGGAAGCAUUACAACAAGAAAGAAAAGAGAGGAAGGCCAAAGAAGAUUUGGAAAGAUUUGCCACAAAAUAUGCUCAAAAAGUAGUGAAAGAAACUGAAAAAACUCAAAAAUUGCCCAAAAAUAAAAUUUACAAUGUUCCUCAAAAAAUUGUUUUUAGUCCUGGAAAAAAGAAAAUAUCUGAUUCGUCGUCGAUAUCUGAAUCAUGUUCACCAAAGAUAAAUGAGUCACAAAGACAAUCUGUGGUAGAUGAGAGACAAGUUACUUCCCCUGAAGUAAUUACAGGAAAUUCUGAGAGCAGCGCUGAUGAAAGUUGUGAAACAUCGGAAUUAGAAAAUCGCAAACGGAAAUUAUCAGAACCCUCACAAAGUCAAAACUCUCAAUCUGAAGGUUUUCCAGAAAAGCGUGGAAGGGGACGGCCUCGUAAACUUGAUCAAGCAAGUUUGCUGGCAUUGAAAGAGCAAAAGAAGGCUGCCAAAAAGAAAUAUGUGGUUAAUCCUGAAACAAGAAACUUGAUGAUGCUGAGAAGAAUAGUGGAAAGUUCUGACGAAAGUGAAAAGAAGCGUUUACGACUUCGAUUACCAUUAUCCAAUCAAAUCCGUAAAUCUCCCAGAAUUCAACAGAAAGGUUCCAAAGAUAAAUGGUCGAAUAAAAACAACAGCGCAAGAAAUUCUGCAAUUAGUGUGAAUAAACUAAGAAGUACGCGAAGAGAUCGGCAUUUAAUAGAACAAGAUGAAUUGGCUGAAGAUAUGAAACUACAACAACUUGCCAAAUCAUCUCCAAAACACCGAACUUCAUCUCGUGUAAAACGUCAGUCUUCAACCUUGUGGGAUUAUAUCGUUUCACCAGUUAAAAGUAUUUUUUCAUAA